GCGUAUCGUAUAGUUGUUGUUCAGCCGUUCGUGAAGUUGGUCCACUAUGUGCGUCGUCUUGUAAAUGCGUAAGAUGAAAGAAAGAUCUAAAAGUGAAAGUAAACCAUUCGUACUCUUAUGACUGUCAUACUUACGACAACUGUGCUAAAUGUGAACAUAUCCGUAUUAUUUAGUGUUAAAAAAUCAUCCAAGAACCAUCCCAUAUCAUCAUACCACAAUGACGUACACCACAAUGAGUGUCAUCAAGAAACGUUCCGGCCUGACCAGCUCAGCCAUUAACAGUAACAACCUGGCCACGGAGGCGAACCAGCGGGAAAAGGUGGUUGCCCAGUCGUCGAAAGCGAUCGGGGAGAUUACGCGCACCCAUCCGACGGUGUACCUGAUCUUCGUGAGCUUGCUGCUAGAUUUGCUGGCCUUCACCAUGAUCCUACCCCUGUUGCCGUCCAUGCUAGAGUUUUACAAGAAGAAUGACGUGGGUGGAUUGUAUGGAUAUUUGUCGGAGAGUAUCCGAAGCUUCCAGGAGUUGGUUGGUGCGCCUCAGCGGUUCAACUCGGUUCUUUUCGGUGGUGCCUUGGGAUCGAUGUACAGCCUGUUGCAGUUCAUUGUGAGUCCGAUAGCGGGCGGCUUGUCGGACAUUUACGGCCGGAAGCCCGUAAUGAUUGUGUGCGCGGUCGGAAUCGCUGCCUCGUAUGGACUGUGGGCGUACUCGCACAACUUUUUACUGUUUGUUCUGGCGCGAUUCGUGGGUGGUGUGAGCAAAGGGAACAUCUCCAUCUGUAUGGCGGUCAUUACCGAUGUAUCGAACCACCAAAAUCGAGGCAAAGCGAUGGCCCUGGUUGGAAUUGCUUUCUCCUUGGGAUUUAUAGUUGGUCCAAUGAUUGGUGCCAUUUUCUCACGGUUUGCUGACAAAACUACCUCACACUGGUUCUGGCUGCCAGCCGUUUUUGCCAUGGGAUUGGCACUGCUAGAUGUGGUGUUCAUUGUCACGUGUGUGAAGGAAUCCUUGCCACGGGAGAAACGUUCCAAGAAAAUCAUCAACACGCUCUCACAUGCCAUCGAUCACAUCAGUAUUCCUGCGUUGUUCAAAUUUUCCGCAGUUCAGAAUCUCUCCAAACGUGAUAUCAGUUCGCUGCGCAGCCUGGGACUGGUCUACUUCGUCUACUUAUUUAUUUACUCUGGACUAGAGUUCACCGUAACAUUCCUUAUGUACCAUAAAUUCAACUACACUUCGAUCGAUCAGGCUAAAAUGUUCCUUACAACUGGUGUAAUAAUGGCACUUCUUCAAGGUUCCGUUGUGCGCAGGUUGCCACAAAGACUCACACAAAUUUCCGCCGUAUGCGGACUGUACUUAAUCAUUCCUGCAUUUAUUGUCGUUGGAAUCGCUGAAACAUCCCCGAUGCUGUACCUUGGAAUGAUCCUUUUUGCCAUAUCAACUGCAUUCGUGGUAACGUGCAUGACCACACUCACCUCCAAAUACGGCGACUUUCACCAAAAGGGAACCGUUUUGGGAGUGUUUCGGUCUCUUGGUGCCUUAGCACGUGCCCUCGGUCCGAUCGUGGCCUCAAUCGCCUUCUGGAGCAUUGGCUCGCGCAUUACCUACAUCGUUGGUGGAAUCCUGUUGCUCUGUCCAACGUUGAUGAUGCAGCGAUUGAAGUUGUCCUAAAAUGGAGCGACAACUACUUUAAGUACUUAUCAUCAUUCGUUCGAACACGUCCAUCUAUGAUUGAAAAUCAUUGAAAUACUCCGUCGUACAGUAUUUGAUACACUUUUCACUGUUUGUUAGCUAUUUAGAGCUGUUUAUAUUUUUGAGAUAUAAUAAAUUUACAAAUUUAUUUAAAA